AUGUCGCUUCCCUGGAUCUGUAGAGCUUGUCGCUCACAUGCCAUUGCUUCAAGGAGAUACAGCGAUCGACUAAGGACUGUGAGAUCGAUAAGCUCCAAUUCGAAAUUCUUUCGGGUCUCGGAAGAGGUCCAGCAAGCCAUCUCAGAACGUCGGCCCGUCGUGGCGCUCGAGAGUACUAUCUACACCCAUGGCUUCCCAUACCCUGAUAAUCUCGCACUAGCAUCUCGAUUGGAGUCUCUGGUGAGAUUGAAUGGCGGCGUCCCAGCAACGAUUGGAAUCUUGGAAGGCGUAGCACGAGUUGGUCUUGGCGCGGAUGAGCUGGUGCGACUGGUCUCUUCCGCGGGCUCACCGAAUCUGCUCAAGAUCUCCAGGCGAGACCUAGGAUUUGUACUGGGCCUCAGAGGUGCCGAUGGAAACCCUUUGAAUGGAGGGACGACUAUCUCGGGUACUUCAGUCCUUGCUCAUAUGGCAGGGAUCAAAGUCUUUGCCACGGGCGGGCUGGGUGGAGUUCAUCGAGGAGCUGAGCAGACGAUGGACAUCUCUGCAGAUCUCACUGAGCUCGGAAAAACACCGAUUACCGUCAUCAGCUCGGGAUGUAAGUCUUUUCUAGACAUACCGAAAACAUUGGAGUACCUCGAAACGCAAGGCGUGGCUGUAGCGACUUUCGCCGACGGUCGCACAGGCGAUGUGGACUUUCCGGCUUUCUACACCCGUGAGAGCGGCGUCAAGAGUCCCAAGGUCCUACAACAUGAAAAAGACGCAGCGAGAGUGAUAUAUGCACAAAGUGUGCUCGGACUACAGUCUGGGUUACACUUUGCCAAUCCGAUUCCGGAAGAACACUCUCUUCCUUUCGAAGAUAUGGAGAGGGCCAUAGAGCAGGCUAUCAGAGAAGCUUCUACAGCGGGUGCGACGGGAGCUGCCAGCACACCUUAUAUUCUUGCCAAGAUCAAGGAGCUGACUGGCAGCAAGAGCGUCGCAGCGAAUCGGGCCUUGGUGGAGGCUAAUGUGAUCAGAGGAACCAAAGUGGCUGUCGCUGUGCAAAAGCUGGAGAUGGAAGGGCAGACUGGAAGCUAGUAAGUGGAUGAUCCAAGCCCUCUCGAGCAAUUGCUUAUGUCACAGGCAGCUAUCAGAGCGAUUCCAAUGCAGUUGUCGUUGGGCCAGCUGCGUCGAACUAUACAAGCGAUGGCGUUCCAAAAGGCUUCUCCACUGCCACUGGGGCUUCGAAAACCGCGUCAUCAUCAGCAAGAAAAGAUUCCGGCGCGGAUGCCAUUACCACCUCAGCCGACGUAUUUGUUGCUGGCAGCCUUGCAGUGGACCUCGCUUGCGACUACGAACCAAGAUCUGGAACAGCCUUGUCAUCGCCGGAAUUACAUACUUCGAAUCCAGCGCAGAUUGCGCAAUCGCUUGGCGGCGUCGGAAGCAACGUUGCUCGAGCAGCACACCUAAUGGGAGCCAGCGUUCGUCUAUGUAGCGCUGUGGGUGCAGACUUGACCGGCAAAGCGGCAUUAGAAGCCCUGACCGCUGCACAAAUGUCAAUCUCCGGAAUCAAGGUGAUGUCAGAAGAUAGCGAAAGUCGCACAUCGCAAUACGUCGCCUUCAACGAUAAGAACAAAGAUCUCGUCCUGGCCAUGGCAGAUAUGAGCAUUCUUGAACAGGCAUCCAUCUCAAGCGCCUUUACGGACUUUUGGCUUCCCCAACUCACCCAAUUCCGACCAUCGCAUCUCGUUGUAGACGGAAACUGGCCGCCGGAUCUCCUCGCCCGUUGGCUAGAAGCAGGAAAAGCCAUUGAUGCCCAUGUCUCCUUUGAGCCAGUCAGCAAUGUCAAAUCUACCGGCUUGUUCAGCCUUCCUAGGGAUCACAGACUCGGUGUCUUUCCGAAUCCAUCUAUCCAUCUCGCAACCCCCAAUUCCCACGAACUAGCAGCAAUGUACACCGCUGCUCGCGAAAAGGACUUCUUCGAUCGCAAAGACUGGUGGGAAUGUAUCAACUCCUUCGGCAUUCCGGAUACGGGCGCCCGAGUACAGCUAUGCCUUUCAACGAGCAGUGAGCUUGUCGAUCAAGGCAUUCCGCAGCAAUCACUGCAACUACUCCCCUUCAUCCCUUCCAUCUGCACCAAGCUCGGCUCCCAAGGCGUUCUGCUCACGCAGAUCAUCCCAGCCGGCGAUGAGCGUCUAACAAAUGGAGACUAUGCUCCCUAUAUUCUAUCUCGAAACAUGAGCGCUGAGACGGCAGAUCGGAUCGGUGGGGUAUACAUGCGUCUUUUCCCGCGCGUCGAGGAGAUUCCCUCGGAAGCAAUUGUGAGCGUGAAUGGAGUGGGAGAUACAUUUAUAGGGACUUUGAUUGCGGGGCUUUCGAAGAGGGGGAAGGCGGCAAGGGUGGAAGAUCUGGUCGAUUUGGCGCAGAGAGCGGCCGUUCUGAGUUUGAAGAGUAAGGGGAGUGUUAGUCCUGGAUUGGGGACUUUGAGGUUACUGCUGUAA